AUGACUAACUUCAACAUCCAGAUCAUCUCCGACACCGUCUGUCCGUGGUGCUACGUCGGAUUCCGCCGUCUCUCACGCGCCAUCGCAACGCACAAAGCCUCCCACCCCACCGAUACAUUCACCAUCUCCUGGCAUGCCUACUAUCUCAACCCCGACGCCCUCCCGUACCCCGGGGUAGACAAGGGCGAACACUACCGGAACAAGUUCGGCGCGGAGCGCAUCGCGACCAUGUUCGGACGGUUGUCUUCCAUCGGCCAGACCGAAGGGAUCGCCUUCCGGUUUGGCGGGAGGAUGGGAAACACACGGGAUUCGCAUCGCUUGGUGUGGUAUGCCGGCCAGAGGGAGAAGGAGACCGCCGUACCCGGCGCAGCGGACUCGGGACUGGUAGGGGGCUUGCAGACACGGGUCAUCGAGCAACUUUUCCGCGCGUACUUUGAAGAAGAGAAGAACAUUACCGACCACAAGGUGCUGCUGGAAGCGGCGGUCACCGCCGGGUUGGAUCGCGCCGAGGUUGAAAAGAUCUUGGAUUCGGACGUGGGCGGGCCCGACGUCGACCAGGAAGCAAAGCGUGCUCAGCGGCGCUUUGUGACGGGCGUGCCGUAUUACACCAUCCAGGGUCACUAUGCCGUCGAGGGCGCCAACGAGCCCGAGGUGUUCCUGGAGGCGUUUGAUCGCGUCAAGGUCGAUUCUUAA